AUGGAUACUUCACACGAAUGCCUGAUUUCGCAGUCUGAGUGGAGCACCCUCAGCAGUCUCACUCGUCCCCAACGGUGCUUGUGGUAAAACGUCCUCGUACGUGCCUGGUUUCCUUCCCUGAGGGGAAACGUCAGACAUUGCUGAUUGCAUCCAUCGCAUACACCAUGGCACUAAGCGGUCUCUCGCUGAUCUCUCCAGCGGAAGCUGCGUCGUCUUUUCGUCACGUAACUUAUCCUGCUAAGUCGCUCCCCACGUGCCGGGAACCAUGUCCAUCCCUCACGCGUUUCACCGCUUUGUCCGGACGACUGCCGACGACGACUGCACGCCGCCGUAGUCGCGUCGCCGAGGUCGUUGCAUGUCGCACACGGUCGUCGCACGACAGCACUCGCUCGCUAGCAGCCUGUCGCCAGCUGCCCCGCGACUGCCGACUCCCUGCAGUGUGGGGAGAGGCGGGGAUGCGGAACGCGGGCGCGCGGAAGCGGAACCAGCGGAAGGCGGGCGAGCGCGGGCGCGUUAGAGCAGGAAGCGGGGAGUGGGCCACAGAGGCGGAAAAGGCGGACUGGGAAAAGCGGCAGCGUGAGAGUGGAGGAGGCGGAGGAGGCGGAGGCAACGUGGGCGGCGAGUGGCGGUGGACGUUGAAUUGGAGCCGCAUAGCGCCCGGUGUCAUGGUCGGCUCCUGCCCCCGCAGCCCCUCAGACAUCGAUCGCAUAGUGGAUGAGAGUGGAGCAACAGCCGUGGUCAACCUGCAGUCAGACCUCUGCUUCGAUGCUCUGCAGAUCCCCUUUGCUGCUAUCCGCGAGCAGGCCGUGCAGCGGGGCUUGCGGCUGGAGAGAGUACCAAUUCGGGACUUUGACCACGGCGACCAGGCGUUCAUGCUGCCAGUGGCGGUGCGCAUGGUGAAUCUGCUCAUAGCGGAGGGGUGUGACGUCUACAUUCACUGCACCGCUGGCAUCAACCGCGCCACGCUCACAGCACUAGGCUACCUCACCUUCGUCAAGGGAAUGGAUCUUGACUCUGCACUCUCGCGCAUCCGCCAGGCUCGUCCAAUCGCCCACCCCUACCUAGAUUGCUGGCACUCCGUGCGAGGCCGCCUCCUUGCGGGGCGGGAGGAGGAGCAGAUGGCACUAGCCACGGAGAUAUACGAGGAACGGAGUAGGUCGGGAGGGGGAGGCAAUGCGUCCGCGGAUUGGCAACAGGCACAGGCGCGCGCGAUCAAGAGAACGUUUGACCGAUACUUGCAAGUGGAUCAGGGAUUCAUCAGGAGCCACAAGGACGUGAUCCAGCACGCCCAGAACCAGCAGCGCGCCAAGCAGACCCAGAAGCGUCUAGCCGAGCUGGCAGCUCGGGCGUCGCGUGGGUCGUCCCUGGAGCAGGAGGAGCAGCGGCUGGCAGCGCUGCAGGCGCAGGUGCGAGCGCAGGCGCAGACGGUGAAGCGCACGCGGUGGGAGGCGCUGCGCCUGCAGCUAGAGGCGCAGCAGGUGGAAGGGCAGGCGCUGCUGCUGCAGCGCGUGAGACCCGUGGAAGAGGGUGCGGCCGUGGAGACUUAGCUGGGUGUAGCUGGCGUUGAUUGGUAGAGCUGGGCUGGUAGAGAUAUAGAGAGAAGCAUUCCUUAGGGACUGCGCUGUUUGUCUUUUAUGUGAGUGGCAGUUCCAGGGACAGGUGUGAAAUACUAAUUUUGUAGCUUUCUUUUAUUUAUAUCACAUACAAUAGCAGA